AUGGGUGUGGUAAUGAAAGCUCUAGUCUUCAUUAACAUGGUGGUAUGUCUAAACUCAGUUGUCCAUGCCCUUCAAGCAGUCGUAGAAAGCCCACCUUAUGUUCCAUCAAGAUGUUUCGGUUCAAAAGAUCAAGGUGUCAUGGUUGCAAAACUGCAUAGCAGCCUGUUUGCCAAUGGAAGAGCAUGUGGAAGAAAGUACCGUAUUCGCUACACCAGUGGAACAAACAAAGCCAUCCAUGAUGCAUGCACCGGAAACACUAUUGUUGUCAUGGUUAUUGAUCAAUGCAAGACAUGCUUAGCGAAUGACCUUGUACUUUCCCAAGAGGCGUUUGCGAAGAUUGCCCGUCCUAAUCUUGGGAGAGUAAACAUCGCCUACCAGCAGUAUGAACUAUCUAUUAUUGAACUCAUUCUUCUUUUUGAAGUUUACAUUUUCGUUUGCCAGCUUACUAAUUUACUAAUUGGGAUUUUCUAUGGUGGUUUUCAGGAUCUAAUUAUGCAAAAUAUGAAGCAUCCUGUUAUGUGUUUUAGUACCAAGUGUUUUAGUACCAAGAGGCGGACAAAUGAAUGA